AUGAGGCAGAUGGCAAUGAGACGUCUUCAAGUCCAACAAUCGGAGGAUGCGGCAGCGCAGGCUGCAGUGACGCCGGUGGCAUUGACAGUUGCCCCCAGUCCGUCGCCAGUGGCAGAACCCCCUAGAACUGGCAUACCUCUCCAACCGGUAUAUACUCCACCAGGCACGCACGGGGGGCCAUUACCACCGGCCCCGAAAUGCCGACCAGCGCAACCAUGGCUGACCCGGCCUGUACGGGGAGGGAGGAGGAUAUGGUCACCCCUACAGGCCUCGAAAGGCGAUCUCAAGGUUAGCAGCGGUAGUUAUCACGUGCUCCAAGAGGAAGAGCUGGAUGAGACCGAAACGUCCUCGAAUUCUGUUAAUCGAGAUACCCAUGAUCUGCCAAGGCAAGCAUCAAGUAAGAUGACGGAUCGGGAUGCGUCUUCCAAGAAGGGACCACCCACGUUGACACCUGAGGAUCUAGCACGACAAACAGUAGCCGCCAGGAGAGGACAGGUGUCUGUUGUUGCGGGCCCAACGCUUUUGGCCAAUAAACGCCGGGAGCGUUCAACAUGUGAGCGGCUAAUUAAACAGUUGUCACCAGGGACAAGUCACGCGAUCCCCAUGGAACCAAUGACUCAUGCUGAGCCCAUGCAUGUGACAGAAUUGGUACAGUUUUUGGGGCUCCGUGAAGUCGCCACACCGGCCACGGGCAAUUGUUUGGCGAUAGCCAUAGCUUAA